AUGGUUACUCAAUCUAAUAAACAACAACUUGUUCUAUUCGAUGGAGAUGAUCAUCGAACUGAGUUAUUUCAAGAUAUUAAACAACUAUUGAUGAUUCCAUUUCAUUGUGAAUUUUACAUUUUUUGCAAUGAUACAGAUUCAAUUCAAAGUAAAAUCUUGAAUCAUAUAAGUGAUAUUUCACAAGUACGUGUUCGAAGAUCAACCGAGUCAAUUAGUCAAAGACUCUUAGAUUUUAUUCAAACAAACAUUGACAAAUAUUCAUUUAUUCUUAUUGUAUGUGGUUCCAAGCCGACAUAUGAACAUGUAUUCAAGAAUAUUUGGAAAAAAUAUGGAAGAAAAAAAUUAUUCGUCAUGCAAACAAAUGAUCAAUCUCAUAGUGUAGUGAAAGAUAUUCUCACUCAACUUCGCCAACAUAGAAGCCAAUCAAAUAAUCAAGCAUCAAUAUCAAAUAAUACACAAGUCUAUGCCGAUAAUGAAUAUUCUCAAUCAGUUAAUUUGAUUGGUACUCAACAAAAAACUGAGAAAAUUGUUUAUGGUUCAUUACUUGAUAAAGAAAUAUACAUGGACUUAUCAGCAAAUGAUUCAUUCAAUAAAAAAAAUAAUAGAAACAACAAAUUGAUUGUUCAAUCUGGAAUUCAUUGUUCAAACUGCAAUGAAGACUUUCCAUCAAUGCGAGCUCUGAGAAAACAUAUCGAAGACGAAUGUCUAUCCAUGACACAAGAUGAUUAUGAAUAA